UUGGGUUAAUAGUAGCCACGAGAUGGCGCGAAAGCAAAGGGGAAGAAGAAGAAGGUGCCGAAGUUGUAGAAUGUCCCUUCACGCCACGGAGCUACUGCACCUCCAUUCUUUCUCUCCAAAAAUUCAUCAACAGUGGCGAUUACCGAUCAAAUCCCUAACUAGUCCAUUCUUCAAUUCAUGAACCCACUCUCUCGCACAAACCUCCCAACUUAAACCUCUACAAUGGGGACUCCAGAGAAUAUUAUUGUGGGUUCUCAUGUCUGGAUUGAAGACCCAGAGGUAGCUUAUAUUGACGGACAGGUAUUAAAAAUCAAUGGAAAGGAUGCUGAAAUUGAAACUUCCGAUGGAAAAAAGGUUGUUGCAAAUUUAUCAAAAAUAUUUCCCAAGGAUACGGAAGCUCUUCCUGGUGGAGUGGAUGAUAUGACUAAACUUUCCUAUUUGCACGGGCCUGGAGUCCUGCAGAACUUAAAGGCUAGAUAUGAAUUGAAUAAAAUAUAUACUUAUACAGGAAAUGUUUUGAUUGCAAUAAAUCCAUUUCAAAAACUGCCUCAUAUUUAUGGUGCACAAAUGAUGCAACAAUACAAAGGAGUGCCAAUUGGAGAAUUAAGCCCUCAUGUAUUUGCAAUUGCUGGUGUUGCCUAUAGGGCAAUGGUUAAGGAAGGGAAAAGCAAUUCCAUUCUGGUCAGUGGGGAAAGUGGAGCUGGUAAAACGGAAACUACAAAACUGCUUAUGCAAUUCCUGGCUUUCUUAGGGGGUAGAGCUGUAACUGAAGGCAGAACAGUUGAACAACAAAUUCUUGAAUCAAAUCCAGUUCUGGAAGCAUUUGGCAAUGCUAAAACUGUCAGGAAUAACAAUUCCAGUCGUUUUGGUAAAUUUGUUGAGAUCCAAUUUGACAAGAGUGGAAGAAUCUCAGGAGCAGCCAUCCGAACAUACCUUCUAGAGAGAUCUCGGGUCUGUCAAGUUAAUGAUCCUGAACGAAACUACCACUGCUUUUAUCUUCUUUGUGCCGCACCACAGGAGGAAAUUGAAAAAUACAAAUUAGGAAAUCCGAAAUUGUUCCACUACCUUAAUCAGUCACAAUGCUAUGAACUGGCUGAUGUAAAUGAUGCUCAUGAGUAUCUUGCCACCUGUAGAGCGAUGGGCAUUGUUGGAAUAAGUCAAAAAGAUCAGGAAGCCAUUUUCAGAGUUGUUGCUGCAAUUCUUCAUCUUGGUAAUAUUGAUUUUGCCAAAGGAAAGGAAAUUGACUCAUCAAUUCCAAAAGACGACAAAGCCAAAUUCCACUUGAAAACAGCUGCUGAACUUCUGAUGUGUGAUGCUGAUGCCUUGGAAGAUGCAUUAUGUAAGCGUGUCAUGAUCACUCCUGAAGAAGUUAUAAAGCGGAGCCUUGAUCCGGGAAGUGCUACUGUCAGUAGAGAUGGACUGGCAAAAACAAUUUAUUCUCGGCUAUUUGACUGGCUGGUGGACAAGAUCAAUAAUUCAAUUGGACAAGAUCCCAAUUCUGAAUGUUUGAUUGGGGUCCUUGAUAUCUAUGGUUUUGAAAGCUUUAAAUUGAACAGUUUUGAGCAGUUCUGCAUUAAUUUCUCAAAUGAAAAAUUGCAGCAACACUUCAAUCAGCACAUGUUCAAAACGGAACAAGAAGAAUACACAAAGGAGCAGAUCGAUUGGAGCUACAUUGAAUUUGAGGACAACCAAGAUGUUUUGGACCUUAUUGAAAAGAAACCCGGAGGAAUCAUUGCUCUUCUCGAUGAAGCAUGCAUGUUUCCAAAGUCAACACAUGAAAUGUUUGCAAACAAACUUUAUCAAAUAUUUAAGUAUAACAAGCGCUUUAUUAAGCCAAAAUUUUCGCAAGCAGAUUUUACUAUUGCUCAUUAUGCUGGAGAGGUGACAUACCAAUCUGACCAAUUUUUAGACAAAAACAAGGAUUAUGUGGUUCCUGAACAUUCAGAUUUAUUGAUUGCUUCCAAAUGUCCUUUUGUAUCCGACCUUUUUCCACCACUCCCUGAAGAGACAUCCAAAUCUUCCAAAUUUUCUUCAAUAGGUUCUCGUUUUAAGCUACAACUACAGCAACUAAUGGAAACAUUAAGUUCUACAGAACCCCAUUACAUUAGAUGUGUGAAACCAAACAACCUCCACAAGCCUGCAAUUUUUGAGAACGUCAACAUUAGGCAUCAACUUCACUGUGGUGGUGUGUUGGAGGCUAUCAGAAUCAGUUGUGCUGGCUACCCUACACGUCGCCCUUUUGUUGAAUUUGCAAACAGAUUUGGUCUCUUUGCCACAGAGGCCACGAAAGCAAACUGUGAUGAAAAGUAUGUUUGCCAAAAGAUUUUGGAAAAGACAGGGCUUAAAGGAUAUCAGAUUGGAAAAACAAAAGUAUUCUUGAGAGCUGGUCAGAUGGCUGAACUAGAUGCUCGGAGAGCUCAAGUACUUGGUAAUGCAGCAAAAGUUAUCCAACAGAACAUACGGACCCAUCAAGCUCGGAAACGUUAUCUUGCAUUGCAAAAGAAGACCAUAUAUUUGCAGUCUCGAUGGAGAGGAAGACAGGCAUUAAAACUCUAUGAGAAAAUGAGAAGGGAGGCUGCUGCUGUGAAAAUUCAAAAGAACAUACGCAGUUAUGAAGCUAGGAAGGCAUAUAAAGAACUUCAUAUGUCAGUACUUACUAUGCAAACAGCUUUAAGAGCCAUUGCUGCUCGCAGGGAGUUCAGAUUUGGGAUACAGACCAAAGCUUCCAUCAUUAUUCAGGCUCGGUGGCGGUGCCACAAAGCGGCUUUAUAUUAUAAGAGGCUCAAAAAAGGUUCAAUAGUUACACAAUGUAGAUGGAGAGGACGUUUAGCUACGGGAGAACUUACGAAACUGAAAAUGGCUGCAAGACAUACUGGUGCACUUCUAGAAGCAAAUAGUAAGCUUGAAAAACAAGUAAAGGAACUUACUAGGUGUCUCCAACAGGAAAAAGGUUUAAGGGCUGCAAGAGAUACUAGCCCACUUCAAGAAGGCGCACUUCAAGAAGCAAAGUGUAAGCUUGAAAAACAAGUGGAGGAACUUAAUUGGCGUCUCCAUCUGGAAAAAGGUUUAAGGACAAAUCUAGAAGAAUACAAAGCACAGGAGAUAGCAAAACUGAAGAAUUCAUUGCAGGAGAUGAAGAAAGAGGUUGAUGAAACUAAUGCUCUUCUCCUCUUGGAGCGAGAAGAGAAUGCAAGGAAAGCUAUCGAAGUAGCAUAUCCUGUCAGUAAAGAAGCUAAUGUUCUUGUUGAAGAUCCUGAGAAGUUUAAGAAACUGAGAAUGGAAGUUGAGAGCCUAAAGACUUCGCUCAAGUUAGAGAAACAGAAAGCCCAUCACUAUGAAAGGAAAUAUAAUGAAGCUAAAAUUUGUUGUGAAGAAAGAGGUAAAAGAUUAGAGGACACGGAGAAGAAGCUUCGCCAGCUCCAAGAAUCAAUGACCAAGUUUACUUCUCGGAAGACUUUAUAGCUAAUUACAAAAGUCAUCUCAAGUUAUGUCCGAGAAUCAGAUCAAAAGAGAAUAUAACAAAUGUAGAAUCAGAUAACCAGGUUCUACGUCAACAAGCUCUGUCCAUGGCACCUAAUAAGUUUCCUUCACGAUGGUCCAGAUCAAUUGUUCCUCAUAUUGAAUACUAAGUGCAUGAAAACAAAUUAAAGCUUGACAUGGUUUAAAAGAGUUUCUUGUCUCUGUUGGGAGAGAACUGCUGAAAGUGGUCAUACUGCCAUGGGUGCAAAGAAAUCUUUGCAGGAACUGCAUAUCUCAUCAACGAACCAGAGGGAAUCCUCUGAGUUAGAGGCUAAAGCCCUGAUGUCACUAAAGGAGAAACAAACAAUGGGAGAAUCAAGAGUUACUCAAUAGAUGUAUUGCGCAGUCUGUAGGCUUUGCUGGGAACAGACCAAUUGCUGCUUGUGUCAUAUACAAAUGUCUUUUGGAUUGGCAAGCAUCUGAAGUUGAGGGUACUGGUACUUGUGUUUUUUAUCGUAUCAUCCACUAUUGUCCAUGCAGUUGAGACUCGGGAUAACAAUGAUGUUUUGGCCUAUCCAAUGCCUCUACUCUUCUCUUGUUACUCCAUAACAUAAAGCAAGCGGUUUUGCUUGAAUGGCUCCACAACACUGCCGUUCUUCAUCAGCAACCCUGUUUUGGAGGAUGACUCAAGAUAGUGGACAACAAUCUUUCCCUAAUCAAUGGUAGCACAAGCAGGGGAGAAGAUAUUGACAAGUUGAAGCUGAGUACCCAGCUCUACUUUUCAAACAGCAGCUUACAACCUAUGUGGAAAAGAUAUAUGGAAUCAUUUGUGAUAACUUGAAGAAAGAAAUUUAUCCCUCUUGGAUUAUGCAUUCAGACAUGCUGCAGAUAUUUACUACUGACAGUGAAAGGGGUGUUAGAUCGACUGCGUCUGCAUGUCGACGGGGCGGCAGACAUGCUACUUCUUGUGAACAACAAACAGUGGAGGAACCAUAUAUUGGAGGUGGAGGAGCUACAUCUAGAUGUUCAGGAUAUAGGAGCUGAUGAUGCAGAGAUCGAGGGGAGUUGAGGAUCUCCAGCAACCAAAAAAAAAGAUGAAGGAGGUUAUCCUUUAUAUGACCAGUCAGACUGUGUUGACGCGUAUUUGGAGUGGUUUUGAUGAUCUCCCAUUCUUACAAGUUACAUCAUUCGACUAGAUCCAGAACCAACUAUUGCAAGUCUGUCUAAAGAUCCAUCAUCAUUGGUCAUACGAAUUGUCAGUUCUCUACUCAACAAACAAUAUUUUGCACCUGAUGGGAUUCCACUCGCAAAUGAGCCUAAUGAAUUUGCUAGUUGUAGAGAGUAGUGAUAGAUAUUGGUCAAAUAUGUAGAGACAUACGUGAGGAGGAAGUAGAGUUAGACAGCGUCAGCGACUACAUUUAUGUAUUUGAUCGAGCCAGGAUUGAGAGAUUUUAGUUAUUGGUAACUUCCACUAUAAUCUCACUUUAAAUCAAUCUUUCUCUCUUAAUAAAUAAUUUAUUUUAAUUAUGCAUUCAUCUUUUAAAUACAUUAAAGUUACAGUCACAACAACAGUAAAGUCACUGAAUCCUCUUCUGUAUUUGAUCAAGUAUUUAACUUUAUGUAUUUUGGCGGGAAAGUGCAAUUGUUUAAGUAUUUUGAUGUUAUUUUGAUAAUAUGAAGUCGAUUACAUACAAGGUCCAUAAAAUUCAUCACAAAGUUUAUACCAUGUUCACGUGUAUUUGAAAAUAAUGUCAACUAAGAUUGUAUGCAUGUAAGAUAUGCAAUUAUCCCUGUGCAAAUUUAUUCUAUAAAAUACAUUUUCCAUUAAUUUAUCGGUGCAAUAAUAGAAUUGACAUUCAAGCAGCAAA